GGCUGCCUAGAUUCAGAAUCUGUCAGGAUACUGACUUUGGCACUGCACCCUUACAGAUGGGGAGUGGCGUGGAAGGAAGGAGCAGGCGGGGCCAGUGAUCACUGCAGCUGAUCACACACACACACACCAGCACUAUCUUAUCCCUCUCUUUCUCUCACACACACUCACCACAAUCAUGAUUCUUCCUCCUCCUCCGAAAAAAAAGAACUCCAGCAAUCUCUUCCUACACAGGGUAUAUUAAUGUAACCCACCUACCCUCCUGGAACAACAACAUCACCCGCAAAGAGCAUGAAGGUAGAGCCACAGAAGCAGCAAAAAAGGACUCUGCACUGUAAGGAUCAUUAGUGCUUUUGUUCCCAACAUCCCAGGAAGCUCAGAGAGGGCUGGUAAGAAAUAACCUCUGUGCUACACUGAAAUGUUUUUGAUACCAAGCUCAGAUCGUUGGAGCCUCACAACAUAACAGUUCUGCACUGAUGAUCUAUAGAUUUGAGAUCUCUGAGCUGGACUACAGCUUGAACCCAUGCAGUUCCCUCUGUUGGAGUUUUCAUGAGGGGUUUCCUAAAACCAGGACAGCAGGGCACCUUACUAAGGUGCAGACAAGUGAGCGCUUAGAUCUGACACAGUAACCAAGCUGCUUCUCUAUCAUUCUGUUACUAUUCUGCAUCUCAACUUCUAGACGACCCCAAACAUCUAGGAAGUGCUUUGCUAUGGCAUCCAAGCCGGAGGAAUAUGAUCUGAGGAUGAGAUAAUGAGAUCAUUUGUAUUGUGUAUAGGAAAAAAAGAAAUUGAGACAGUAAAUCAGUUCUGUAGCUAAACUCACCAUCUGAGGAGCAGCAACGAAUCCCCAAUGGAACUUUGUGGAUUAUGUGCUUUGUAGCCUAGAAUAAGGUAUUGAUACUUGACAAGCUUUAGGAGAAAAGGCUAUAGGUGACAAAAAUAGUAAAUUGCAACAAUUAUCUGACAUUGAUUUCCAUAUCCCUUUAAUCUGGUUGUUUUUUUUCAUAUUAUGUCUGCUCUCCGAAGGAAAUUUGGGGACGAUUAUCAGGUAGUGACCACUUCAUCCAGUGGCUCUGGUUUCAACCAAGCAGCCCCAAAAAGGAAAAGACAGAGAUUUGUGGAUAAAAACGGCAGAUGUAAUGUUCAGCAUGGGAACCUGGGGAGUGAGACCAGCAGAUACCUCUCUGAUUUGUUCACCACUCUUGUGGACCUUAAAUGGCGUUGGAACCUCUUCAUUUUCAUCUUAACUUAUACAGUGGCCUGGCUCUUUAUGGCAUCCAUGUGGUGGGUUAUUGCCUACAUGAGAGGGGAUCUUAAUAAAGCACAUGAUGAAAAUUAUACACCUUGUGUGGCCAAUGUCUACAACUUUCCUUCUGCUUUUCUCUUCUUCAUAGAGACAGAGGCCACAAUUGGUUAUGGAUUCAGGUAUAUCACUGAUAAGUGCCCAGAAGGGAUUAUCCUCUUCCUCUUCCAGUCAAUUUUAGGCUCUAUCGUUGAUGCCUUUCUCAUCGGCUGUAUGUUUAUAAAGAUGUCACAACCCAAAAAGAGAGCUGAGACUUUAAUGUUUAGUGAACAUGCUGUUAUCUCCAUGAGAGAUGGCAAACUCACCCUCAUGUUCAGGGUGGGCAACCUCCGAAACAGCCAUAUGGUUUCUGCUCAGAUUCGGUGUAAAUUGCUAAAAUCCCGUCAGACACCCGAAGGUGAGUUCCUCCCCCUCGAUCAGCUUGAAUUGGAUGUAGGAUUUAGCACAGGGGCCGAUCAGCUUUUUCUGGUUUCCCCACUUACAAUCUGCCACAUGAUUGAUGCAAAGAGUCCCUUCUACGAGCUCUCACAGCGAUCCAUGCAAACAGAACAGUUUGAAAUUGUUGUCAUCCUUGAGGGCAUUGUGGAAACUACUGGCAUGACGUGUCAAGCAAGGACCUCAUACACAGAAGAUGAAGUUUUAUGGGGACAUCGCUUCUUUCCAGUUAUUUCCUUGGAGGAAGGAUUCUUUAAAGUUGAUUAUUCACAGUUCCAUGCAACAUUUGAAGUCCCAACAGCUCCUUAUAGUGUUAAAGAACAGGAAGAUAUGCUUCUGAUGUCUUCUCCUUUAAUAGCACCAGCAGUAAAUAACAGCAAAGAGAAAAAUAAUUCAGUAGGCUGUCUGGAUAGUCUAGAAGACAUAAGUACAAAGAUGCCACUAAAACUACAGAAAAUAACUGGCAGAGAGGACCUGCCUAGAAAACUUCUUAGGAUGAGCUCCACAACAUCUGAGAAAGCAUAUAGCAUGGGCGAUUUACCAAUGAAACUUCAGCGAAUAAGUUCAGUUCCUGGCAAUUCAGAAGAAAAACUGGUAAUAAAAACCACAAGGAUGAUUUCUGAUCCAAUCAGUCAAUCAAUAGCAGAUUUACCACCAAAGCUUCAAAGAUUGUCUGGUGGAAGGAUGGAUGGAAACCUGCCACCAAAAUUACGGAAAAUGAACUCUGACCGUUUUACAUAACACAAACUUUUAGGCAUUAAUUGAAGUGUGAAUUGCUAAGGACUCAAUAUUAAAUACACGCGAGAAGCUGUACCAAUGCAGUUCUUCUUAAAAUAUAUAGGAACGCAUUUUCUUUGUACGACAUUCAAACCUGCCAAUAUGCUAAUGCUGAGGUAGGAAGGACUGUAUUGUACAUAUAGUGCUUUGAUAUAAGACCUAUGAUGUUUUUAUGGUCUUACUGAAACUAAAGUAAUACUAACUGGCAUGUAGUAUCACAUGACGCAUGCAAUAAUAGUGUGCAUAUUUUGCAUAUAGUUUUAUGGCAUGAUUCUUAAUUUUUAUUGUAUAAUCUAAAAA